GGGCAGUACUCUAUUCUUCCCUCCAGCUGAGUGCAGCUCAGCGAUUCUGUCUCUGCUCGGUAGCGCCUAUGCAGUAUUGUUGUAGUUGUAGAUGCGUGGUCCAGAGGAUCCCGGGCGAUCCACCGAACACGUCGUCUCCUCUCGUUUGAAGCGCAGAAGACACCGCAACAUGAUGAACUCAAGGACGGCUUACAUCAUCAGAAAACAUCUCUUAUUGAACCACUGGUCUGCUGUUUCCGAGUUUGAUGGAAUCAGUCGUUUCUUCACGACUUGACAGGCAGAGAGCCUCUUCUCGCGGUGGAAGGUCGCUUUUCUAAUGGUUUUGUAUGAGAUCAUUUGGAUUUAUUUCUUCUUAAAGAGCUGAAUCUGCGCUUUUAUCUGUCAAAUUCUGUAUGAUUGCACUUUAGGUUAGGUGAGUUCUCUAUACAUCCAACGCUACUCACCGGAGUUCCCCUUGAAGCGCUUCUGGAGACCCGAGGAGAACCCAUCGCCACCUCCUCACCGGCCGGGAGGAAGAUGUUGCCUUCGCAAGAAGCUUCCAAAAUAUACCAUGACAACUACAUGCGGAACUCGACGGCCAUCGGCGUUUUAUGGGCCAUAUUCACCAUACUUCUAGCCAUCAUCAACGUGGUGGUGUUCUUCCAGCCUUUCUGGAUCGGCGACAGUAUGAACACUCCGUACGCCGGUCACUUCGGUUUGUUCAACUACUGCGUGGGAGGGGGGAACCCCAGGAACGACCGGGAGCUCACCUGCCAGGGUACAUUCGCCGACUUCAGCUCCAUCCCAUCGAACGCCUUCAAGGCGGCCUCGUUCCUCGUACUGCUGGCCGUGGUGCUCAUCCUGGGCUGCAUCGCCUGCUUCGCGCUCUUUUUCUUCUGCAACACGGCCACGGUAUACAAGACGUGCGCGUGGAUGCAGCUGCUCUGCGCCCUGUGUCUGGUGUUUGGCUGCAUCAUCUUCCCGGACGGCUGGGAUGCGGAGGUGAUCCGGGACAUGUGUGGCGAGGACUCUGGGAAGUAUGCGCUGGGGAACUGCUCGGUGCGCUGGUCCUACAUCCUGGCCAUCAUCGGCAUCCUGGACGGCCUCAUCCUCUCCUUCCUGGCCUUCGUGUUGGGGAACCGGCAGGACAGGCUCCUUCUGGAGGAACUCAGGAUGGCCAGCAGAGAUUUUGCAGUGUCGAGGAUCGAGGUCCGGGACUCCAAGGGCCCGCGCUACGCCCUGCAGCGGUUCCGUUGAGGUGGGGGCGGCCGGCUGCUGCUCCUUGAUCCGGCCAAACAUGGCUUCUUCUCCUCUUCACCUCCUCCGCUUCUUCGAGACCCAAGGCCCCUAGGCCCCGAGACCCUGACACCCCCCCGAGGCCCCUAGGCCCCGAGACCCUGACACCCCCCCGAGGCCCCUAGGCCCCGAGACCCUGACACCCCCCCGAGGCCCCGAGACCCUGACACCCCCCCGAGGCCCCUAGGCCCCGAGACCCUGACACCCCACCGAGGCCACGACCCCCAGAGGCCACGACCCCCCGAGGCCCCUAGGCCCUGACCCCCCCGAGGCCACGACGCUCUGAGGCCCAAACUCCCCAAGACCCAGACUCCUCAAGGCCAUGACGCCCCGACCCCCCAAGGCCCCGACCCCCCGACGCCCGG